GCGCGGGCCGGCCGGGCCCCCGAGCGUGCGUGCGCGCUGCGUGCGUGCUGCGUGCGUGCCGCGCCGUGCGUGCCAGUCGGGCCCCGCCGCCGCCCGCGCAGACAUGAAGCAGCACGUCGUGGGCAUCGGCGGUGUGACCAAUGGUGGAAAAACCACACUGACCAACAACCUGCUGAAGUUACUGCCCAACUGCUGUGUGAUCCACCAAGAUGAUUUUUUUAAGCCCCAAGACCAAAUCGCCGUUGGGGAAGACGGCUUCAAACAGUGGGAUGUGUUGGAGUCCCUGGACAUGGAGGCGAUGCUGAGCACCGUGCAGGCCUGGCUGAGCAACCCCCGCAAAUUUGCCCGUGCCCACGGCGUCAGCGUCCCACCCCCCCACGCCUCGGACACCCACAUCCUCAUCCUGGAGGGUUUUCUGCUCUACAGCUACAAGCCCCUGGUGGAUUUGUACAGCCGACGGUAUUUCCUCACUGUGCCUUACGACGAGUGCAAGAGGAGGAGAAGCUCUCGAAACUACACGGUGCCCGACCCGCCGGGCCUCUUCGACGGCCACGUGUGGCCCAUGUACCAGAGGUACCGGCAGGAGAUGGAGGCAGACGGCGUGGAAGUGGAGUACCUGGACGGCACCAAGCCCCGUGAGGAGCUGCUGCGCCAAGUCCUGGAGGACAUUCAGAACACGCUUCUCAACUGCCCCUAGGCGGGGCUGGGGGGCGUGGUGGGUGGGAGGGGCGUGGCUGGCACGGAGCCCUGGGGGGGACCUGGCUGUGGGGUGGGCGUGGCCGGGCACCAGGGGCGUGGCUGGGGCUGGUCUGCGGGCCUGGGUGUAGCUUGGGGCGUGGCUCUGUGUUCAGGGGCGUGGCCAUGGAAAGGUACCGCCCCCCCACCCAUCCCCUCCUGGUACUGGCAAGAUCCUGACCCCGGUGGGACAGUCGUCCCAGCAGGCUCUGCGUGACCAUCAGCUCGGCUUCUCAGCCUGUGUAACCUUACAGUGGCUUCAGUAUAAAAACUGUUGUUUUUUUUAAUUU